AUAAAUGCCCAAAAGAUCCCAAGCUAGACGUUUCAAAAACAUGAGGAAGCAUCAGCAGGACGAACUUCGCCGUGCCGAGCAAGCCUCCCUUGAACAGCUACUCAAAGAGAAAAAUCUAUACCGUCCCGGAAUGAUGGGCAAAGAAAUGCAGGAGCUCUGCAACGCGAUCGAACAGUCGGCGCUGGAUCACGAAAUGUAUCAGCAAUCCAGUCGAUUCAACAAAACUUUUCCCGAGGAUCUGUCAGUAAACACGAUGCAUCUUUCCCAGGAGCCAUCUGGAUCAAAGGAAAAGGUUAACGACCAACCACCCUACGGUCAAACACUCAGCGAAUUGCAAUUCUAUCCGGCAACGUCUCCCAAAAAAAGCAAGAACACAACUGGACCAAAUUCAGCCUGCUGGGCAGCCGAGGACAGUGACAGUGAUGGAUUUUACUCGCCGGAAUUCCCCGGGCCGUGCUGCCGCCAAACACAUAUUGUACAAGUGGAAGUCCAUCCCGAGCCACAAGCUGACGAAAAAGACAAUCACAAAGGAAUGGUGCAACAGAUUAUCUCUCCAAGAAAGCGGCAUACGGUACCAGCCAACGAGUGGGACUCUAUCGAUGAGUUCUAAAUCAUACCCGAACGUUCUUUGUUGUUAUCUCCGAUGUCGAAGGUUUUGGUUUUGAACUAAAACCCGGUAGGUACAUAUUUUGA